GCGAGAGUAGUACUUAGUACAUACAGUAGUAUUCUACUAUGUGCCCUCAUCCUCUACCUUUUAUCCUAUCGAAGAAGAAGAUACAUACAGACAUACAAACAUAUAUAUAUCCAUGGCGGCAGUGACGGUGUACGGCCCAACCUACGGCAAUCCGAAGAGAGUCAUCGUCUGUCUUGAGGAGAUCGGAAUUCAAUACGACGUCGUCCAUGUCGACCUCUUCAAAAGAGAGAACAGAUCACCUCAAUUUCUCAACCUGCAGCCCUUUGGAAAGCUUCCCGUCAUUAAAGAAGGGGAUUUCACAUUAUACGAAUCCCGGGCUAUCAUAAGAUACAUAGCGGAGAAAUUCAAGUCUCGAGGACAUCAACUCAUGGGAAAGACAAUGGAAGAGAAAGGACUUGUUGAACAAUGGAUAGAAGUCGAAGCCCAUAACUUUGAUCCACCACUCGUCGACUUGAUAACACAUGUUGUAUUCGGUCUGAGAUGGGGCGUAACACCUGAUCCGGCGCGCAUUAAAGAGAAUGAGGAAAAACUCAGCCGUGUGCUAGACAUCUACGAAGAGAGGCUUUCCAGAAGCAAAUAUUUGGCCGGCGAAACAUUCAGCCUAGCCGAUCUUAGUCACUUGCCAUUCGGGCAUUAUUUGAUGAACCAUAUGCCCGGAAAGGAGUAUUUGGUUAGGGACCGGAAGCACGUGAGCGCUUGGUGGGAUGAUAUAAGCGCUAGGCCGUCGUGGAAGAAGAUUAUGGAGCUGUAUCCGUAUCCGGUUUCGAAGUAGAAUUGAUCGUGGCCGUAGCCGUGGUAAUAUGUGUUUGGUUGCAAGUUGAGAGAUGUACUUGGAAUUUCGAUUUGAUUUUUAAGUAAAGAAUUGUUGUUUAGUGGUAA